AUGGCUGUCCCGGCGAUUGAAUGUUUUUUACUUGCAGAAGGACUUUAUAAACUUAAAGAAAACAUUUUCUUAGAAAUAAGUGCUCCAAAUCUGUCCAGUGGGACAUUAGUUUCUAUAGUUUCUGUAAAGUAUAAGGAAUAUACUGCACAUCCAAACAUAACUACUACUGAAGAUGUGUCAGCGAUCGAUCAUGUGGAAAAUGCACCAAGUAAUCAAACAACGCCUUCGACUGAAAAUACUUUAGAAGUUGACUUAGACGAGCCAACAGAACUAGAGAAAACACAACCUUAUCAACAACAGCUACAAGUUGAACAAGUAGCUCAAAAUGUUGAUCUUCCUAAUCCUAAUCUUACAUCAGCACAAAACACACCUUCCUUAGUUAAACCUUCAACGAGUAAUGGAUCGAUUCCAACUUCAAUAGAAGGGAAAAACGAUGAUAUGUUUUCGUUUUUAACUCAAAAUGUAAUAAAACGAAAAAAAACAAAGAACAAUCUUACCAAAACUACUUCAUCUUUUGUGGCAAAAAUUAUUCAAAAUGAUAAUUUAACAAAAAUUUUGGCGAACCGGCAGAAUGAAGAUACCUAUUUAUUUUUUAAUUCUGGUCGAACAUUCUGUUGGGUUGAUCUGACAAACAAACCAAAGAUUAAUUUUACAAAAGCUCAUCCUAUAUGCCAUGAUGUUAAUCAGCUUACUCGUUCCUGUGACCAUUUAGAUGUUAUUAUCGGUUUUUCUUCUGGUGAUAUCAUUUGGUUUGACCCUCUAUGUAAUAAGUACUAUAGAUUGAAUAAACAGGGAAUAAUAAACACUUCUUCAGUAACUAUGGUGAGAUGGGUGCCUGGUUCAGAGAAUUUAUUUAUGGUAUCUUAUCAGGAUGGUUCAGUGGUCAUAUAUGAUAAAGAAAAAGACGAUCAAAGUUUUUCUCCAGCUGUAACAAAUGAAGAAGACGGAUUUCGAGUAGCACGGCCGUCAAAAAAUGGAAAACAUAACCCAGUAUCAUACUGGCAAGUUUCAAAAAAAGCCGUGACAGCAUUUGCAUUUUCGCCGGAUUGUCAACAUGUAGCAACUGUAUCUAUAGACGGUUUCUUACGAAUAAUAGAUUUCAAACAAGAAACGUUAUUUGAUACAUAUAGUAGCUAUUUUGGUGGCUUUUCGUGUGUGUGUUGGAGUCCUGAUGGUAAAUAUAUAUUGACUGGUGGUCAAGAUGAUUUGGUCACUAUUUGGGCUUUUCGAGAACAACGUAUUGUGGCUCGAUGCCAGGGCCAUCAAUCUUGGGUUACCGGUGUAUCUUUCGAUCCUUGGCGAUGCGAUGAACGUAACUACCGUUUCGGUUCUGUUGGUGAGGACACGAAAUUAUUACUAUGGGAUUUUAGUGUAAAUGCAUUACACAAGCCCAAGAGCUCGGGUAGAAGAGCUAGUCUUGCUUCACAGUCACAUGCGACUUCUGUUGGUUUACGACGCAAUUUGGCUGAACGCGAAAUUCUAAAAAAUACAAUUCAUCCAUGUCUACCAAGAUCUGAAGUUGCGAUUCUGCAACCAAUCAUGGAUAUAUCCAUUGAUAGUGAUCCACUUAGUUCAUUAACAUUUCGUGAAGAUUCCAUAAUAACUACAUGCAGAAAGGGGCAUAUAAAGAUAUGGGCUCGACCGUAA